AUACAGCAGCUGGAGAGUGAUACGGCAGCUUUGCGCGAGGACUUGACAAAUCUCUUCUCCAGGCUGGCCAAGGCAUGUGCUUCCAUCGACGAGAAGAAUUCCCAGGCGAUGGACCUCAUGUUCGUCCAGGCGACCACCGAGACGCUGGAAGACUUGACAGGCCGUCUGGAGCAGUUGGAAUUGGCCCGGGAGGAGAGCGUCGGGCGCCAGAACCAGGUUCUCAAGUCCUUUGGACGGGAUUUGCAGAACCUGGCGUCCAGGCUGGACGGCCAUGACACUCGCAGUACCGCCAGCAAGGUCACCGCUGACAAGCUGAAAUCCUCCCACGAGGUGCUCCGCGGAGAGGUUGAGCACCGCUUUGAAACGCUGGGUCAGCUUCUGGAGGUCGCAUUUCCGGGUUCAGGGAUGUUCUAUGAGGCUUGUAUACGUGGUCUUAGAAGGGUUGGAUAA